AUGGCUCGUUUUGCAAUAAUUAUGCUUUUGAUUGCUUUGGUUACUAUGUUAGUUUGUGUUGCUCCAUGUUUUGAAGCAAGAAGACAAUUGAACAACAUGGAUAAGAAGAAGGUCACUAACCUGGCUUCUUCUGCUCCAUGCAAAGAAGGUCAUGUUUAUGGCAACUUGAAUCCUGGCCCUAGUCCUGGAGCCGGCCAUUCUGGCCCACCUGGUCUUGGAAUGGACCAUGUUUAUGGCAACUUGAAUCCUGGCCCUAGUGCUGGAGCCGGCCAUUCUAACCCACCUGGUCCUGGAAUGGGUCAUGUUUAUGGAAGCUUGAAUCCUGGCCCUAGUCCUGGAGACGGCCAUUCUGGCCCACUUGGUCCUAGAAUGGGCCACACUUUUGGCAAGUUGAAUCCUGGCCCUGAAGCCGGCCAUUCUGGCCCACCUGGUACUAGAAUGGACCACGUUUAUGGUAACUUGAAUCCUGGCCCUAGUCCUGGAGCCGGCCAUUCUGGCCCACCUGGUCCUGGAAUCGGCCACAUUUAUGGCAACUUAAAUCCUGGCCCUAGUCCUGGAGCCGGCCAUUCUGGCCCACCUGGUCCUGGAAUAGGCCACACUUAUGGCAAGUUGAAUCCUGGCCCUAGUCCUGGAGCCGGCCAUUCUAGCCCACCUGGUCCUGGAAUAGGCCAUGCUUAUGGCAAGUUGAAUCCUGGCCCUAGUCCUGGAACAGGCCAUUCUGCUGGAAUGGGCCACACUUUUGGCAAGUUGAAUCCUGGCCCUAGUCCUGGAGCCGGCCAUUCUGGCCCACCUGGUCCUGGAAUGGGCCACGCUUUUGGCAAGUUGAAUCCUGGCCCUAGUCCUGGAGCAGGCCAUUCUGGCCCACCUGGUCCUGGAAUGGGCCAUGUUUAUGGCAAAUUGAAUCCUGGCCCUAGUCCUGGAGCCGGUCAUUCUAUCCCACCUGAUCCUGGAAUGGGCCAUGUUUAUGGCAACUUGAAUCCUGGCCCUAGUCCUGGAGCCGGCCAUUCUAGCCCACCUGGUCCUGGAAUGGGAUUAGGUGAAUUCUGA